CUCCCUAGCAUCCUGUCUCCACCCUCCUCUCUCCCUCUCCCCCCUCUCUCUCUCCCUCUCCCUCUCCCUCUUCCCCUCUCUCUGUCACUGCGUCAGGCUGCAGCAGGUUCCUAGCCUCUCCUGUGCUGCGUUCUCCAGUCCCACAAUGCCAAGCGGUGGGCCAGAGCAGUCGCUGUGACAGGAUGGAGCCCUCCUCCCUCUGCCUGCUGCUGUAAAUGGGCGAGGAUACUGACCCCCAAAACAUCAACCACAGCUUCCUGAGAGAUUACGUUACCGAAGCUGAUGUUAUUUCCACAGCAGAGUUCAAUCAGACAGGGGACCUGCUGGCCACAGGGGACAAGGGGGGGCGUGUGGUCAUCUUCCAGAGAGAGCCAGAGACCAAGACUGAAUCAUGCUGUCAGGGCGAAUACAAUGUGUACAGCACCUUUCAGAGCCAUGAGCCUGACUUUGACUAUCUGAAGAGCCUGGAGAUCGAGGAGAAGAUCAACAAGAUCCGCUGGAUCCCCCAGCACAAUGCUGCUCGAUUCCUCCUCUCCACCAAUGAUAAGACCAUAAAGUUGUGGAAAGUGAGUGAGAGAGAUAAGAGGCCGGAGGGGUAUAAUCUGAAGGAUGAGGAGGGGAGACUGAAGGACCCAUCUACUGUCACCAGCCUCCAGGUGCCGGUUCUGAAGCCCACAGACCUGAUGGUGGAGGUGAGUCCGAGGCGGGUGUUUGCGAAUGGCCACACCUACCAUGUCAACUCCAUCUCCGUCAACAGCGACUGCGAGACCUACCUGUCUGCUGACGACCUGCGCAUCAACCUCUGGCACCUGGGCAUCACUGAUCGCAGCUUCAACAUCGUGGACAUUAAGCCAGCGAACAUGGAGGAUCUGACGGAGGUGAUCACAGCUGCAGAGUUCCACCCGCAGCACUGCAACCUGUUCGUCUACGGCAGCAGCAAGGGCAUCCUCCGACUCUGCGACAUGAGGGCCUCCGCUCUGUGUGACCAGCACAGCAAACUGUUUGAGGGCCCAGAAGACCCAGAGAACCGCUCCUUCUUCUCGGAGAUCGUCUCGUCCAUCUCCGAUGUGCACUUCAGCCACAGCGGCCGCUACCUGCUGACCCGUGACUACCUGACGGCCAAGCUGUGGGACGUGAACAUGGAGAGGGGCCCCGUCGAGACCUACCAGGUUCAUGACUAUCUGAGAAGCAAGUUGUGCUCCCUGUAUGAGAACGACUGCAUCUUCGAUAAGUUUGAAUGUGUCUGGAACAGCACAGACAGUGUGAUCAUGACAGGGGCGUACAACAACUUCUUCCGGAUGUUUGACCGGGAGACGGGGCGUGACGUGACGCUGGAGGCGGCCCAGGACAGCGGGAAGACGCGCGCGGUUCUGAAGGCCCGGCGUGUACGCUCGGGCGGGAAGCGCCGCCGGGACCAUGUGACCGUGGACAGCCUGGACUUCAGCAGGAAGAUCCUGCACAUGGCCUGGCACCCCGCGGAGAACAUCAUCGCCAUCGCCGCCACAAACAACCUCUACAUCUUCCAGGACAAGGCUACCUGUGAUGCGCUGUGACCAUCAGCCACUCCCCAGCUUACAGAGCCACUCCCACUACCCCACCCCUUCCCACAGAGCCACUCCCACAACCCCAUCCCUUUCCACAGAGCCACUCCCACAACCCCACCCCUUCCCACAGAGCCACUCCCACUACCCCACCCCUUUCCACAGAGCCACUCCCACAACCCCACCCCUUUCCACAGAGCCACUCCCACUACCCCACCCCUUCCCACAGAGCCACUCCCACAACCCACCCCUUUCUGUAUAGCCACUCCCACAGCACUGCCCAUUUAUGCAUAACCACUCCCACAGCACUACCCAUUUAUGCAUAACCACUCCCCCAACCCCGCCCCUUUCUACAUAGCCACUCCCACAGCCAUCCCCUUCUUUCCAUCCUUUAUACCCUUCCUGCCUCCUCCUCUCCCCCUCCCUCUUUCCCCUGGAUUUGUGACUCACAAGGUG